AUGGCCAAGGUGCCCGAUCUCGGCUCCGACUUCGCCCAGAAGUUGCUCAGGGACCUCCGCCGCCGCCGCGAGCGGCUCGGCUUCGAGUCCUCCGCCACGCCGGCGAAGGGCGCCGCGCCGAGCGUCGCCGCGCCUCGGGCGAGGGAUUCUUAUUCGAAUGCUCCGAAACCACCUCAAGUUCAGAAGCCACAACAAGCAGCUGCAGCUCCUCGGGUAGCAACAAGAUCACAAGCAGCAACGAGCAUAUCACGCCGGCAAGGCAACAGCAGCUCCAUUGCCAGACAAGGGACGCCGCGCCGCCAUGACGCGCCGGCCGUCGCCCAUUCGAACGCCAUAGUGCCGUUCCAAGGGGGAGGAGGAGGAGGAGGAAGCAAGCAGACGGCGCCCGCGGCCAACGCCGGCGGCGUGGACGUGCAGAUGGCGCUGGCCCUCGCGCUCAGCAACAGCGGCAAGCUCCAGAACGUGCAUCUCGUGGCGCGCCAGGGCGCCGGCGGCUCCGUGUUCUUCGGCGAGCCGGGCAGGACGGGGACGGCGUCGCAGGCGCGCCACCACCUCCUGGCUCCCGGCGCGAACGUCGGCAAGGUGGCGAUCGGCGUCCAGAAGCUGAACGACAUUCUCGUGGCGUACUCCUCCGGCGGUCCUGCCGGCGUGAGGAGGGGCUCGGUUGAGAUCGGGAAGCAGCUGCUCAGAGGUUCCAUGGACCUCGAGGAGUCGCUCAGCAUGCUCAUGAUGCUCCAGGACGCUUCGGACUACAUGGAAAUGGGGAACUCAGGGAACGGCGGCAAGGUGCUGCUGCUGGAGGGCAAGGACAGCUGGAAGAGCUCUGCUGUGCCGCGUUCGACGAGCUCUGCCUCUGCAAGGCUGGUAGAGAUCGUCGACGAUGAUUCAGAAGAGACCGAGCAGGCCGACGAUGCAAAGAGCCCAUCAGAUGCGUUCUUGCAGAUCGUUCCUCACGGCAUGUCUCAGAGUUACAGACCGAACCACAUCUCACCCUUGCAGUUCGCCGGUGCUGCAAACAAUCGCAAGAGCAAUGCUACAAAUGGCGAGAAGGAUGGUUCAAAGGUGAGGAUGCCCAGUCUGAUUGCCAAGUUGAUGGGGCUGGAAAAUCUUCCAUCAGCGAAGACGGUUGCAGAGCGCAAGGGGACAGAGAGGUUUGUGAAACCUGAGGCGGUGCCAAGAAAAUCGACAGCGGCAAAUGUGAUGGCUGGCACAUUACCGAUACGAAUUAUAGCUUCAGAAAGGAUGCCAUCCAGAGGGCAGAUCAAGAAUUUUCAGACAAGAGAGUGGAAUAUUAGCCUGACGAAGUCUGAAGAACCUGUGCUGUCAAGUAGAUUUUCACAUCUCACAGUUGACAAGCAAACAAGGCAGACCAUGAGGCAGAUGUUAAGCAAACAGGAAGGUACAGAGAGAAGAGUUAGUGUAAACCGAGUAGUUGAUGAGAAAAUCGUUCAUCAGGAUACGAAGCUCACUGAAGACACCAACCAGCAAAAGACAACAGUCAGUGCAGGAAGAAAUAUGAAUUUCCUUCAGAGAUUUAGGAAGAAUGGAAAGAACAAACCAGCCACAGAAGAGAAAGCCAUUGUUGAAGAAAAUAAACAGAAGCUCGGAAAGAAGCAAACCACAAGCAUUAAACAGAGAGAAAGUGAGGUGAAGCCAAGGAAGGCUAGAGAGAAGUUUAACAAAGAGAACCUUGCCAAUCCUGGAAACAAGGCUCUAGGAAAGAAUGGCAAGGCUGCAAACACAGAUCAAAUGAGAAGGCAAGCACAAAGUAAGCCGUCAGAUAAACAGAUCGUGGAAAAGAAGGUGAAGAGUUAUCGUCAAAUGAAGAGUGAAACAGCCAUUCAGAGUCUACAACAGAAGAGGUCACUGAAAUCAGAACCAACGCAUACGAAAGAGAAGCUUGAACUCAUUACAGUGACAGAACUGCAGAAUGGAGAGGGCACAAAAGUAGAUAAUACCAGAAGUUGCAAACCAUCAGACAACACGCCCGGUGAUGAUGGUUUAUGCGAGCAAUCUGCAGCAGAGAUGGAAGAUAGUAGCACAACUAGAGAGGCUUUGUCAUACCUAUCUGAAAAGGAACUAACUGAAGAAAUCAAUGAUCCAACCACUGCUGUAGCACAGACUACUUCUGAAACAAUUGCUGAGACAAAUGAUGACAGAGUUAAUCACACAGUCAGUGAGACUAUACAGACACUGGAAACAUUUCCUGAGGGAGAACACCAGCAGCAGCAACUGCAACAAAUGAAAGAAGUGAAUGGUCAAUCAAUAAAUGAUUUGGAUCAUAUCGUGAAGCCCAGUAAUCCGAAUGAUUUGAAAAAUCACAAGAUGGAUGUUGUUUCAUGUGAUUCUUUCACAGAGAAUCAACUCUUGCUUGCUGAAAUGUUGCUGAAGGAUCCCUACUUACUUGAAACCGCAAAGGCUAUUACCGGAUUCCAUGUCCCAGUCAGCGUGGUUCAGGUUAACACAGGGAAGUGGUUAGACAAAGGCAACAAGGUUCUUUCAGACAUCGGACGCGAAGUGAUCAGAAGGAAAGGUAAACGAACGGAGGCGAUCGUUGAUGUUAGCCUUACACGCACUGCUAACCUGAAACUGCAGACGCUGGAUGAUCUUAUCAGAGAACUGGAUAGCGAUAUUCAGUCUCUGCCCAUCCCCAAGAAAAUUCAGCAACAGAGUGGCCACAGCACAGCUGAAAACCUGAAGAUGGUACUCCGCAGUGACAUGGAGAACAUGCAUUUGGAUGCUAACUCGAUCUGGGACUUCGGUUGGAACCGCGUGUGGGACCUGCCGAUCGAGAAGAAUGAAGUCGUCAAGGAUUUGGAGAAGAACAUAUUGGGUGGUAUCAUCACUGAUGUAGCAAGGGAGCUUAUCGAUGUAUCCUUGCGCCAUCGGUGCUGUGCCUGUGAGUCUUUGACUAACAGGGAUAUGUUGUAA